AUCCCUCCCCAUGCUCCCGGGGCGGCGGGCAGCUCCGCGCCGCGCUCCCGGCAGCUGAGCGGCGGGGCCGCGCGUCCCCCGGCGGGGAGAAGAGCCCGUGCUCGGCGGCCGCCAGGAUGUACACGGCCGGCCUGGCCCCCUUCUACGCCUCCAACUUCAGCCUCUGGUCAGCGGCGUACUGCUCGGCGUCGGGGCCCGGCGCCGGCGGCUGCUUCCCCCUGGACGCCGCCGCGGCCAAGAAGCCGUCCUUCUGCAUCGCCGACAUCCUCCACGCCGGCGGCGAGGCGGCGGGCGGCCCUGCCGAGAGCCUGCCCGGCGGCCCCGGGGCCGGGCUGCCGGCGGCGCUGGGCGCCGUCCACCACGGCGGCCCCUUCCACGCCGCCGCCUCGCCGCUGCGGCCCACGCCCGUCGUGGCCCCCGACGCCCCGUCCGCCGCCGCCUUCCCGCAGCGCCUCUCGCCGCUCUCGGCCGCCUUCCACCCCCCGCACCACCACCACCGGCCCCCGCAGCACCGCUCCCCGGCGGCGGCGGCGGCGGGGGGCGGCGGGGCCCCGGCCCCCGGCCGGGUGCCUGGCGGCCACACGCACGGCUCGGCGCCGGCGCCCGCCAGCAAGGACCUGAAAUUCGGCAUCGACCGCAUCUUGUCGGCGGAGUUCGACCCCAAAGUGAAGGAAGGCAACACGCUGAGAGAUCUCACCUCCUUAUUAACUGCCAGCCGCCAAAGCGGGGUUCAUCUCCCCAGCUUGCAGCCUUCCGCCAGCCAGUUCUUCGCGUCUCUAGACCCCAUUAACGAGGCCUCUGCUCUUCUGGGUCCCUUAAACACAACCCCAAGGAGCUCAGUUCAGCACCAGUUUCAAGACACUUUUCCAGGUCCGUACGCGGUGCUAACCAAGGACACGCUGCCUCAGACCUACAAGAGGAAGCGCUCCUGGUCCAGGGCUGUUUUUUCCAACCUGCAGAGGAAAGGUUUAGAAAAGCGCUUCGAAAUCCAGAAGUACGUCACCAAACCCGACAGAAAGCAACUGGCGGCGAUGCUGGGGCUGACGGAUGCUCAAGUGAAGGUGUGGUUCCAGAACCGCCGGAUGAAGUGGCGGCACUCCAAGGAGGCGCAGGCCCAGAAGGACAAGGAGCCGCCGCCGGAGCCGGAGCCGGCGGCCCCGCGCUCCGCCCCGCCGCCCGCCGCCGCGGGGGAGCCCGAGCGCAGCCCCAGCCGCUCCGAUGGCGACAGCGACAGCAGCGACGCCGACUCCCUCGACAUGGCCCCCAGCGACACGGAAAGGACUGAGGGUGCCGAGCAGAGCCUGCCCCCCGCCGGGGCCGCCAAGCCCCCCGGCAGCCCCGGCCUCCCGUCCCCGCCGCCCGCCGCCAGCCCCGAGCCGCGGGGCGCGCUAUAG